CGUCACUGGGUGUUGUAUGAGUUACCGGAAAACACCACAUCGCGCGCUACUUUGGCUUCCUGAGAUGAGUCAUGACCUAAAGGGAUUUAUCCUACAGGCUGGAUGGAACACAGAAGCUAUAAUCUAUGUACAUAUCUUAGCAUCCGUGUCCUUCCUCUGUUGCUUCCAUUUCAUCAUUAGAGUAUGUACUGUACAAUUUCCAUCAAAAUGAGGCUCAGUCAUGAGUGCUGAACGAGGUCUGCGUUGCCACUUGUGUUUGACAUGCACAACAGCGGGCGUGUCCAGGUGCUGGUGGGAGUAUUAAUGGAGAAGGGGCCCUCAGUUCAGCGUCACACCAGCUGGUUCGUAGAAGCCCCAAUACUGAUCCUCUACACUUCAUCCAUCUCCAACUCUUCCAACUUUGUAGCUGUUCUCCAUUAUGGCAGCGCUGUGGCUACACACUGCCGCCCUGUUGGUCUUACUGGUCACAUCGUGCCCAGGCUCCCAGGCCAUUUCCACACAGCACCUGUGUGGCGCUCACUUGGUCGAUGCCCUUUACUUGGUCUGUUGGGAAAAUGGUUUUUCCUACAACCCUGGGAGCAACAACGGCCGGACGCUGCGAUUCCUUCCACCAAAAGCAGGCAGAGCAGCAUCAGCGGGGGACGAGAACGAAGCCCCGGAGUUUGCCUUUAACGACGCGAUGGAGAUGUUGGUGAAGCCGAACAUUGUGGAGCAGUGCUGUGCCCGGCCCUGCAGCAUCUAUGACCUGUCCGCCUACUGCAACUGAUAAAAAGUCAACUCAGACGCCAGCACUUAGCCCUGCCAUUAUUUACCUAGCCUUGCUUAGCGUGGCUUAGCUUCUCAGCUAACUGAACGUGCAACCUCUCCCUCGACUCCAACAAUAAGCCUGAGAUCUGCUGUGUUGUGACUUCUCUGUAUGCAAGCUGUUUUCAAGUGAUCGGAUGAUAAAUUAUGUUUCCUAGAAAAUAAAGUUCUCUAAGUU